CCAACGCGCUGCUCGUAGAAAGGACGUCUGCGCACUAAGGCACUCGGAUCCAAGUUUGGAGCUUUUAGCUGCCAGUCCUGGCCCAUCAUGUAGGUGCAGCAGAGCCUUCCUUACCAUUGCAAUAGGGGGUGAAAACCCACUUUGCAAUCUGUUUUGCAAGGUGUGCAAUUGCAGUUCCUUCCUCUGCAAGGAGAUCUGCUGCAGGGAGUCAGAAAAACUCCAGUUGCAUGAAGACUGAGCGCUUGCAGUUUUCAUCUUUGUUGCAAAACUAGCUACUGAAGAGAGAAGGCAAAGUCUUUUGUGUUCCCCUCCCCCAUCAAAGCAGAGGGGAAAAUGUCUCAGCCGAGAGGCAGGAAGAAAAAUCCAGGGCUGAAAAUUCCUAAAGAAGCAUUUGAACAACCACAGACGAGCUCUACGCCACCUAGAGAUUUGGACUCCAAAGCCUGCAUCUCCAUUGGCGACAAGAACUUUGAAGUCAAAGCUGAUGACCUGGAGCCGAUAUCAGAACUGGGCCGCGGUGCAUAUGGCGUGGUAGAGAUGAUGAGGCACAUGCCCAGUGGGCAAAUUAUGGCCGUGAAGCGAAUCCGAGCGACAGUGAACAGCCAGGAGCAGAAGAGACUGCUGAUGGACCUGGAUAUCUCCAUGAGGACAGUAGACUGCCCCUUCACUGUAACUUUUUACGGUGCACUGUUUCGUGAGGGAGAUGUUUGGAUUUGCAUGGAAUUGAUGGACACUUCACUGGACAAGUUCUACAAGCAAGUCAUUGACAAAGGAUUGACGAUUCCUGAGGACAUCUUAGGAAAAAUAGCCGUCUCAAUUGUGAAAGCGUUAGAGCACCUACACAGUAAGCUGUCUGUAAUUCACCGAGAUGUCAAGCCCUCAAACGUACUGAUCAACACACUGGGACAGGUGAAAAUGUGUGACUUUGGAAUCAGUGGUUACCUCGUUGACUCCGUGGCCAAGACGAUGGAUGCUGGCUGCAAGCCUUACAUGGCACCUGAAAGAAUCAACCCAGAACUAAACCAAAAGGGAUACAGCGUCAAAUCCGAUAUUUGGAGUCUGGGAAUCACUAUGAUUGAACUGGCCAUUUUGCGGUUUCCGUACGAGUCCUGGGGGACGCCAUUCCAGCAGCUCAAACAGGUGGUGGAAGAGCCAUCGCCUCAGCUCCCAGACACCUUCUCUGCAGAGUUUGUUGAUUUUACCUCACAGUGCUUGAAGAAGAAUUCCAAAGAGAGGCCAACAUACCCUGAACUAAUGAAACACAGUUUCUUCACCCUGCACGAAUCCAAAGAGACAGACGUGGCUUCUUUUGUCAAACUCAUCCUGGGGAACUGAGAAAUGGACUUGUACAUGAUUUUACCCUUCUGUGGACUGGUGGGCUUUAGGAGGAGGGGCACGUGGCAGGGCAGCCCUCAUCGGAGAACCAGUAGGAGAACCUGCCACUGGCCAAUUUUUGUUUUUUUUAAUUAUUAUUAUUAUUAAUAUUAUUAUUAUUGCUAAAGUCCUAUCAUCAUCCUCUUGAAGGUUUUUAUUUUUAUUUUUUAAAGGGUUCCUUGGUAACCAUAGUUACUUAGAAUGAACUGGUUAGUGAAAUGAAUUUUAAUAAGGUUGUCAACUGUAAACGAACAAAAAUUUAAAAGAGUGAUUGAAAUGACGACAGUCGCAAGUUCUGUUAGCGUCGCCUCAGUCCCCCCCCCCUUUCCUCAUGUUCCCUGUCAGACCAGAUUUGCUUUUGUUUAUGGUAAUAGGUGCUACGGUAGUUAUGAAGUUCUAUAUGUAGAGUUAUAUUUUGUCCCUACCAUUGUUUUAAUAUUUAUGUUAAGUGCUUGAUUUUAAUAGAACCUUUUUUUUUGUUAUUAUGUGAGAGUUGGAAGGUGGGGGGUGAUGACAGCUGCAACAGCUAAAGCUACAAAGAUUAGUAUUUAUAGGGCUUUGCUGGGAAACAGAGGAGGAGAAAGCAUGGGCCAUAUAGAUAAAUAUUAUAUAUAUGUAUAGGGUGGAAGACUAAUUUAAUUUCAAUGAAGAGUUUGGCUUCUAUGUUAGGCAGCCCACUGAUGCCUGAGAAGGCUUGCAUCCUUCUUUAGGAGGUGCCCAGAGACGGCAUUGUUCUUGCACAAACAUCAAGAGGAUGCAAAAACAUUGCUGUGGUGGCUUCUUAUUCCAUUGCUUUGGUUAUCCCUCCAAUGAAUAAUUAUAUUCUGAAGUGCGAGAUAUCUCACACAUUGACUGUUGGCUAAGCAAUGGUGAAUCAAUCACCUUAUGACCUACAGCCAGUGCCCUCUCUGUUGGCUGUAAGUCAUGGGCCAAUGCAUUUGACUGAAGAGAAGGUGAUGCCCUGAAGGAAAAUGGAACUUAGAGGGAUGCAGCUCUUGACGAGGAUGCAAAAGCCAGGGGCUGGGGCCAGUCAGUUUUGCACUGCUCGUUUUUAUACUGGCAGGAGUAUUCCUUUUUUUUUUUUUUUUUUUUGGUCUCAAACACUCACACGUCAUACACAAAUUGCCACUUCAUUGCUCAUCUCCCACCAACCCCCUCACAACUUUUCACUUUUUCUGGAUGCUUAACUUGCGCAAGACCCACCCCUACACGUCUAGCACAGGCUCAAACAGUGUUUCUGUCUGAAAAGCAUAGCAAAACCAAGUGAAUAGGAGUUGGACAACAAGUGUUGCACCCCUCAUCUUAAUUUGUUGCUGUGACCAUUAUUAUUAUUGUUGUUUUCAAAAAAACACUCUUUUGGUCAAACAGUACUGACUUGAGUGACUUAAGGCCUAGUGGUAACUGUUUCUGGAAUUGCCCAAGGCCUUCUUCCACCUUGACCUGCCCUUAGUCACAGCUUUGUUGUUAUGGCGGUUUGCAUGGCCACCUAAUCUCCAUUCAAUAUAUCCUGUAGCAAGGCCACAGGGGUCUUAUCUGAUGGAGGCUGUUGCAGUUCUGUCAAGAACUCUUUUGCUCCUGAAGCGUUUCCAUUUCCUGAACUAAACCAUGGCAGCGUUCACAAUGGGUGAGGAAUGCUGUACUGCCGGUUUGGUGUUGAGGGAGAAAGUUAACGUUCUUGCUAGUGCUUUGUCCUUUCACUUGGGACACACUACUUCUGCGCCUGAGUUCAAACACGGGGGCAUCAGUGUGGAGGAGCUCAGAAUUCAGACAAGUAGCCACACCAGGUGAAGACCCAAAGCGUCAGUGUUUGCCGUGUCGAUUUUGUUCACAGAACUUGCCGUCCUGUUCUCCUGCAGUCCACAUUUUACAACGCAACCGGUCGUUGGUGCGUACGCCGAUUGGAAACCAUUCAGGAGACAUUUGACUGCAGACAAAACACUAAAGUGGGCUCGCAUUUCUUUGUAAUCUUAAAGGCCUAGAAAGGCUUGUAACCUGCUCCUAGUUUUCCAUUUUAUGUGCAUGCUUCCCUCCCCCUCGCUUCCAAUUCCCACCCCUCCCCAUUGAUUCUGAGCUGCUUUGAUUGAUUGUCUGCAGCUGCAGCUGCAGCUCAGCCAGCCAGUUUUUAGAACUGGUUCCAGCAUCAAUUCUCACUUUGAAAAACAUGACAUUUAAAACCAGCUUUUUGGUUUUCCUACAUAUGGAUCUGAUGCUUGCUGUAGAGAUUGUUUUUGCUGCUUUCCUCUUGGAAUAGAAGACUCGUUUGGACACCACAUCCUCUUGACCUCAGAACACCUUUAUUUGAGUGCUGUGGUAACAGACAGGCUGGAUUUACGAGAUAGGAUCAGUGUUAAUAGCCGAUAUUAAUAUCCUCAUUGGUUUCCUAUAGUAGAAUGCCAGUGCUGUCUACAGCAAGUCAGUUUAGAAAGGAUUAUUGCACUGUGAAUCAACACUACAUGCCUCGGGCUUUAUUUUAGGAAUUAAAAUGUGGAGUCUAAGUUCCUUAAUCACUUAGGUGCUUUUGAGUUUUUUUUGUCAACUCUUGUCUCUAUAUAAUUUGUCCUUUGGCAGGUACAUAGACCUCUAUCGAGUCUUAGAAUAAAGCACACCCAGGUUAUUUCCCCCUUCCGAUCAAAACUGCAAA